AUGUCUCUGACCAGAGCUGAGAGGACCAUCAUCGUGUCCAUGUGGAGCAAGAUCUCCACACAGGCGGACGCCAUUGGCACCGAGACCCUGGAGAGGCUCUUCUCCUGCUACCCCCAGGCCAAGACCUACUUCCCGCACUUCGACCUGCACUCGGGCUCCGCGCAGCUGCGCGCGCACGGCUCCAAGGUGGUGGCCGCCGUGGGCGACGCGGUCAAGAGCAUUGACAACGUGGCGAUCGCGCUGUCUAAGCUAAGCGAGCUGCACGCCUACGUGCUGCGCGUGGACCCGGUCAACUUCAAGUUCCUGUCCCACUGCCUGCUGGUCACGUUGGCCUCGCACUUCCCCGCCGACUUCACGGCCGACGCGCACGCCGCCUGGGACAAGUUCCUGUCCAUCGUGUCCGGCGUCCUGACGGAGAAGUACCGCUGA